AUGGCUUCUUAUAUUCCUAAAUGGUCUCAGGGCAUUCACCAUUCCCCCGAUCGGCCAAGCUCAAGUGAGCGUCCACAGGAUACUGAAUCCGCAUAUCGUCCCAAUCCUGAUCGCUCAGACAACAAUGAACUUCCGUUUGAAUGGACUGGAAAGCACGUUCAAACAACAUUCUCACCCUCAUCUCGUCUCACGGUCCGGAACGUGAACUACGGAAACUUCUGCGGCCACAUCUUUGGCAAAGUAGAGAUCGUUGCUGGUGCCGAGGGCGAUCCCAUGCUCGUCGAUUGGGAGGUGAAGAUGUCCGAAGCGGACCUUGUCGAUAGGAUCUGGAUUGAAGCGAACACCGAGGAGGUCGUGUUGAAGACAUCUCAUCCGCAAGAUAACCGUUGCUGGGGCGAAAGUUACUCCCGUAACCGUUUGAAGAUCUCGGCGACGGUUGCUCUUCCCCCGUCGGUCAUCCUUCCUUAUGUGAUGCUGGAUUUCCCAGUGCAGUCCAUCUAUCUCGAUUCAGCGGCAGAAAUCAGUAUCGCCGAAGUCGAGGUGCACAACUCCGCAGGCUCAGUACAUGGCUCACGAGCCGGAGUCCCUCCCAAAGUCCUCAUGACUACUGGAUCAAUUCGAGCAAAUGCUGGAUCAAUCUCGGGACAUUUCGCAUUGGGCUCUGCACUAGAUCUGAGGUCCGACGCAGGCAGUAUCGACGUGGACAUCACCGUCCUCCCACCCUCAUCUCACUACAAUUACUCGGCGGAUCUCAAGACCUUCACCUCCGCUGGUUCAGGUGAUAUCCGCGUCCGCGGUUCUGCACGCGACGUCCAUGCUUUCCAUGGUGCGAGCGCUGGAUCUUAUGCUUUGAGCUAUCCUCGUGACUGGCAGGGAUCCUUUGAUGUGAGCUCAAGGGUUGGGAACGCAAUCGCACGGGGUGUCGAAAUCGAUGGGGAUGACAGUAUGGGAUGGGUUGGGAGGAAGAUAUGGGGUGGUAGGAGACAGAGGCAAGGGAGGGGGGAUGUUGUGGUCAGAGUGCAGACCGGGUCUGUCGACUUUAGUCUGGAGGAGUAA